CUUCCAUGUUGCAUGAUUAUAGUUCCACUUCUUCACUGCUAUAAUAUGGUUUCAGAUGUGCAUGGAUCCUGAUAUGAUUCCUAAGCUUACUGAGGUGAGGAGAUGUAAGACUGCUUCCAGUUGGCAGUCUUGCAAUGUGGGUGUUGGUGCAGUACUCUUUCAGACAGGAUCAAUUUGACAAUAUAGAGAAACACACACAAUGGGGUAUUGACUUCUUGGAAAAAUAUACUAAGUUUGUUAAAGAGAGACUUGACAUAGAGCAAAGCUAUGCAAAACAAUUAAGGAACCUCGUUAAGAAAUAUGGACCAAAACGUUCCAGCAAAGAUGAAGAACCCAGGUUUUCCUAUUGUCAUUCCUUCUUCCAAGUUCUCAAUGAACUUAAUGACUAUGCAGGCCAACGUGAAGUUGUUGCUGAAGAAAUAGGCCACAGAGUCUAUGGAGAGCUUGUUAGAUAUACUCAUGAUCUGAAAAUGGAAAGAAAAACGCAUCUUCAAGAAGGACGUAAAGCUCAGCAGUAUUUGGAUAUGUGCUGGAAACAGAUGGAUAAUAGUAAAAAGAAAUUUGAGAGAGAAUGCAAGGAGACUGAAAAGGCACAAAUAAGUUAUGAGAAACUAGACUCUGACCACAAUGCAACAAAAGCAGAUGUUGAGAAGGCAAAACAACAAUUAAACCUACGAACCCACAUGGCUGAUGAUAGUAAAAAUGAAUAUGCUGCUCAACUGCAGAACUUUAACAGUGAACAACAGAAACAUUUCCAAUUCAUCAUGCCUCAAAUUUUUAAGAAUCUACAAGACAUGGAUGAGCGAAGAAUUACAAAGUUGAGCGAGUGUUACAGAGGAUUUGCAGAAGCUGAACGUAGGGUUGUUCCAAUCAUCAACAAAUGUUUGGAAGGAAUGAUCAGUGCUGCAAAGUCUGUGGAUGAGCGGAAAGACUCCUUGAUAGUAGUGGAAUCAUUCAAAUCUGGUUUUGAACCUCCUGGAGACUUUCCAUUUGAAGACUUCAGUCAGAAUAUUUAUAGGACAGUAUCGGAUGGCAGUCUGAGUGCACACAAACAAGAGAUGAGGGGAGACCAAAAAUAUACAACCGGAAAAAGCAAAGGGAAGCUAUGGCUUUUUGGCAAGAAAACAAGGUAAAUUUAUCUGCCAUUCCCUCACCUCUCCCCUGCCACAACUUGUUCAUCCUCGGCUCCUUAUGGGCCCCUCUCCAGGUUUUCCAGGGAUCCACUGUCUUACUGUAUGAAUGUAAAGACAGUGAAACCCAGAAUUCCUUCUUUCAAGGAUUUCAAAAGGGGGCUUUCAAUAAAGCUGGGCGCUACGUCAGAAGACUUUAGUCAUCUGCCACCAGAACAGAGGCGCAAGAAGCUUCAGCAAAGGAUUGAUGAGCUUAACAAGGAAUACCAGAAGGAAAUAGACCAAAGAGAUGCCUUAAACAAAAUGAAAGAUGUUUAUGAACGAAAUCCCCAAAUGGGCGAUUCUGGUAGUUUGCACCCAAAGAUAUCAGAGACCAUGAGCAAUAUUGACAAGCUACGUUAUGAGAUUCAAAAGAACGAGGCAUGGCUUGUUGAGGUUGAAAAAACAUCUGGAAGGGGGGAUAGACGAUUAAGUGGUGGUGCUGCAUUUGAACGUCCUACUGAAACUAACCAUCAUGGAACUCCUGGGAGAGAGAGCCCUGAUGGGAGCUAUACAGAUGAUCCAAACCAAGAGCAGAGAGCACACCAGAGAUAUCCAGAACCACACCGUUCUGUUGAAUUUGAUGAUGAAUUUGAAGAUGAUGAACCUUUACCUGCUAUUGGCCACUGCAAAGCUUUGUACCCGUUUGAUGGUCAAAAUGAAGGGACGUUAUCAAUGCACGAAGGAGAGGUAUUGUAUGUUAUUGAAGAAGAUAAAGGCGAUGGCUGGACAAGGGCACGGAAACAGAAUGGACAAGAAGGCUAUGUGCCAACAUCAUAUGUAGAUAUUACUCUAGAGAAAAACAGUAAAGGUGCAGUGACCUACAUAUAAAUAUAAGCAGCUGAAAUCCGAUCAUAGUCAUGGGGAAAAUGAAUUAAUUUAAAAUUAAAGGAAUAGUGAAGGAGCAUCAAGAAUAUGAAUUCUUAUACUUUGUGUUCCUAUUACAUAACUCUUUGUUCACCAUGUGAGCUGAGCUAAUUAAUUGAUUUUUUUCUUAAAAGUUAAAUUUUGUGCAUGAAUGCAGACCCUGAGUUAUUCCAUGACAUAGUAUUUGGAAACUGUUGACCUCUAGUAUUGUUACAUGAUACUAUUAAUCUUUUCCAUUAUUCCUGUUGCCUUAACCUUUGUAAAUAUGUAUAUAGGUGAAGGGUCUUGGUAUUUUCUACUUUUUUUUAAUUGAUUAUUGAAGCUUUUUGGAAUUUUUAUUAGAAUAUAAACUUUUAGCUUGACAAGUAUGUGGAUUUACGAACUAAAAGUCCUUUUCUUUAUUUGUUACUUUUUAGCAAAAAGUUUUAUAAGUGAUCAAUAAUUUUGAGUAUUGAUGCUGGGGAGGCACAUUAAAGUGUUUAUCACAUUCCUGUUUCAUUUUUUAAGAAUGGAAGAAUCUGUAUUUUACUGCGCUAAUAUUGCUUGAGAAUUAUUUUGCCAGUUACCAAAAUGAAAAUCUGAUGAUGGCUGAUUUAAUAUAAUAUCUUUCAAAGCUUGGGUACAAUUUUGUUGUACUUUUGGGAUUAUAUGGUUAAAAAGUUCUACCAUAUAAUUUAAGAGCAUUUUUCCUGUUACCUUUAAUUAAUUAUCUUUUGUUUGUCCCAGCUGAAUUUAGUAAUGGUGCUUUCUUUCUUUCUCCCUGGACUGCAGGUUCCUGAAUUGGUCUUUGGGUUCUUGAAACUUUGGGCGAGGCAUUGAAGGAGGUUGCAUGCAGCUGUUUUCUGGGGUGGGAAAAACGUAAUUGCUAAAAGAUUGAGGCUGGUAGAUCAGGAGGGAGGAGGAAACUGCAUGUUUGAUGAUGGUUGAUUUUGCCACUAACACAAUUAACACCAUUCUAACUACAAUUCAUAUGGUACCUGGUGAAUCAACAGUACAGUAUUUCAUAGGUCUUUAUCAAUGCCAAAGGUUUAUCUACCCAAGUGAAGUAUUUACAGAUUGACUUCACCAUCAGAUGGUAUUUUAAAAACAUAGUCUGCCUGUGCCAUCCUCCAUGCUCGCCCCAACGUGCUAUUGCAUGCUUUUGUAAAUCACACUAAAUAUUGAUUUUAGAGAUGUCUAGACUGUACUGUGUUUGGCCUGUUUUGUUGAUGUGCAAUCCCUAUGUUAUCUAGCAUAAUCCCUCCUAAACGUUUCACAUUUGUAGUUCCAUCCCAUUUUUCAUUUGUGCUGCUAUCAGUACUGCAUGGAAAUAGUGGCGUGUUGAUUGCCAGUGUUGAAGAUCUCUGACAAAACAGUAGGUGCAACUUUUCACUGUUAGUGUACAGUUUAUGAAUUCUCCUCCCUCCUUGCUUUUGGCCUGCAUUUUGUUUUGAGAAUUGGAUUAAUCAUUGAUGACUAAGAGUCAAUGGAAACGCAACUGAAAACAGCAUGUGGCUUCAGGAAAACUAAAUGGCCCACUGUGAAGAGACAUUUGGGCAGAAACCAUGUGAGAUGUACAUCGUGAGCUCUUUGAAGACACCCAGCCACUUAUUUUACCACUAUCUCAUAGUACAGCUGCUGCCUUAAAUCAACUAUUUUACAGAAGAGUGCCUAAAUCCGCUGACUGCCAUUGUUUCCAAUAGUAUCACACAAGGCUUACAUUUGCAAGUGUAUGGCAGCUCAUCAAUUUUGACUGACUUGUAUAUUCUGUCGGUACUUCAGCUACUGAUGUAGUAGACCUAGUAUACAAAUGUAUUAUAAGGUACCAGAGGAAGUGUGCAACUAAUCUUUCAGUCAUAUUUAUAUUGUUUUUAAAUACUAAAGAUUUGUAUUGGUUAACUAAAUUGAUUUGAAAUGAAUGGUUUUUUUUAAAUUAGAGUUCGUAAUGUUUUUCAUUCUGGUCAACUCUUAGGAAUAACUUUUUAGUUCAUGCGAAGCUCUGGUUUAAUGAGAACAGCUGUGCAGGUGCUGUAAUCUGGAGUGGCCUCAAGUCAUCGUGUGGAUUUAUUGACUCUUGUGGAUAUUGUGAAUAAUCUAACCCAUACGCACUUUUAUCAAUUUGAGUAACAACAUAAGUGUAGAUAUUAAAUUCUCCAGGAUACUCUAGACUGCUUGAAAAGCAAACUUUGUUCUUCUGCUGAAAUCCUUAGUCAACCUGUGAUCUGAACUGUACUUUUAUUGUAAUAAAUAUAUAAUCUCUGCCUAAUUCAAAUCCAACAACCAAGGAACCAACAUUUCUCAAAUUUGAGUUUUUCAUUUUUGGGUUACUUGAAAUGGAGUUUCUUCAAAUGAAAGAAAAAGAGUGUUCUCAGCAAUACCUUUUGAAGUAAAGGGUUUUGUGAUUUAUAGUACAAUGUAAUUGAUGCUGCAAAGAAACCCAUUAUUGGUUGGAAAAACUGAAUCCUAGGUACUAAUGAACAGUCAUGUAGACUGUGGAAAUAUGAUUUAGUGCUUUGUUUGCUACUAUUAAUUAAGUUUCCUGUAUAGAAAUUACAAAUGUGAAACUAUCUUCUGUCCUGAAAAAUGUAUAAUUUGCUGGAAACCUAUUUACUUUUAGACUUCAGUCAAACAAUAUUUUGCAAUGUUUCUUGUCCAAAUUGCACAUGCUGACCACAUAAAGCAUUAUCUGACUAAUACCUGAUAUUUUUUUUACUAUGGUUAAUGAUACCAUUUUUUUGAAGCUUAAAAAAAAAUGACGAACCUUUUCAUUGCAAUAAAAAAGGAAGACAUUGUGUAGCAGAAAAUUAUUCUUCCUGUUACACCGAGUUCCUGGAAAAUAACUAUAAAUUGUGGCAGACUGAUUGCACAUGAAAAUCAGCUGUGAUGACCUUAAAAUGUUGUGGAAAACUUGGUUUAAAUGAAUCUCAAAAGCUGUAUUUAAAAAAAAACAUGAAAUAUACAUGCUUUCUUGUAAUAAGCAUGUGUAUUUUUAAAGAUUCAUCAAAUUAGUAGAUGAAUUCCCUGCAACCUGGUGGCACAUUUUUUUUAUUGUACAUUAAGUAAACCACUGAAAAUAUUGACAAUGGUAUGCAAUCUCCCAAGUAGGCACUGUAUAAUCUGAGUUGUCGUAAUUUAUAUAGCAAAUUAACUGUGAAAGUGCUAGAAUGUGAUAGAAAAUAUACUCUUUCCAUAGCUGUAAAUCUGCAGUUAGGUAACUGGAGCAAACUGUUACCAGUUUGUAAUGGUGUAAUGCUUUUGCUUUGUAUGUAAUUUUAGAUGCUGCUUUUUCUGUGAGUAAAAUUACAAGUAUGGGUACAGAGGCGAACAACUGAAGGAGGGUUUUUUUCUUGCACAUUAUCUUAAAAAAAAUUCAAGUUGUAUACAGUGUCACUGAUAAAUUGUCAGGCAAAGUAGAAUGUAGAACGAGAAGCAGUCAAGGUUUUGAAUUAAUAACCUUCAUGCACAUGUUAAUUUUUGAUUGUUUUUUUUAAAAAAAGCUGUUAAGAUGCUGUUUAAAAUACUUUCCUGUUGAGAACUGUUAAAUAAAUUAAUGUAUUCCAAAGAGUUUUGUCAUAUUUAAGUACCUGUUAUAUUAACUGUUUCUGUUUCCUUUUUAAAAUUAAAUCAGUUUUGAUAAUACUCCUGGAAACGCUCUUAACAGCAGUGGCUGUGUUUGUAUGAGGUUUGGUUGUGGCAUUUGGUAUUCCUGCCAGUAAUCUCUGUUUGAAAACAAUAAAUUUGUGAAUACUGAAAA